ACCAAGCUGGAAAUUGGCCCCUGGAACUGGCUGAUAUUCCUCCUGUGUUCAUUAUGGGGCGUGUUCGGGGCCAUGCAGGCGGUGGGGACGGCGUUCCUGAGUCCCGCCACGGACCACUGGUGCUGGGUGCCGGAGCUGGCCAACUGGACCAACACCCAGGUCUGGAGCUUCGCCUUGCCCAGGAUCACCGUGGGAGGCGUACCACACCACUCUCAGUGCGAAAUGUUCGUUCGAAACUACAGUCGAUUGGUGGGAGUGGCCUGGGAGGACCGUCACCAGCACCUGCCCGAGGAGGAGAAGGAGGAGGUGCUCCUAACGCAGCCCUGCUCCAGUUGGCAGUACGACACACAAACCUUCCGCUCCACGCUAAUCUCCGAGUGGGACCUGGUGUGUGGGCGGGAGUCCCUCCGCUCUCUCAUCCAGAGCAUCUUUAUGUUCGGCUACUUCUUCGGCUCCCCGCUGGGCGGUUACUUCUCUGACAGGUUCGGACGGAAGCGCAUAAUGGGCGGGGCGUUGUUGGUAUUCAUCAUAGUGUCGGUGGCCGGGUCCUUCUCUCCCUCAUACCAGCUUUUCCUUCUCUGCCGCUUCCUCAUGGCGUUCAGUGGCACCGUCGUGUACCAGGCCGCCUACAUCCUAGUACCAAAUUAUCUGACAGAUUUUUCUAGUCAUGCAGACAGCAAGACACAACAACGUGGCUGA